UGCCCACGUGCCCCCCCUUCCCUCCCUUUCACCCCAAUUCCCAGCUCCAUUGAGUUUGCUGACUUGACUCCCCUCUGUCGAGUUGCUCUUAGGAUGUUGUUUUUUUUCUUCUCAAUUCUGGUUCUGUGUGCUUCGUUGUCUUUUCAUUUAUAUCUACCUAUAUUAUUUUUCUCCCCCGUUUUCCUUUCGCUCCCCCCCAAAAGUCCUGACACUGAAUCCUUAACCACCCUGGACCGGCUAGUAGUGAGUUCUUUAGAAGCCCUGGAAAGUUGGUUUGCCGUCGGGCCACUCAACGAGAAGGAGAAGACCAAGGCCGCUACGCAGGAGUUGGCCACCAUGCUGCUCUCCACGCCGGCCCCUUCUAGCGUCCAGCAGCAAACCAAGAGCCUUCUGGCCAGCCUCCACGCCAGCCGCUCAGCUUACCACAACCACAAGGAUCAGGCCCUGUUGAGCAAAGCCAUCCAGUACCUCACCACCUCGAACAAAGAAGGGAAGGACCUGGAACCAGAGGUCUUUCAAAGGCUGGUCAUCACCGCCCGCUCCAUCGCCAUCAUGCGGCCGAAUAACCUGGUCCAUUUCACGGAGUCGAAAUUUCCCUCUCUGGAAACAGAAAGCCUCGAAGAAGGGCAGGAGGCUGCGAAGGCCACCGUGGAAGGAGAAGGGUGCAGUUUUAUUACCCAGCUGGUCAACCAUUUCUGGAAACUUCACGCCUCCAAACCCAAGAACGCCUUCCUGGCGCCUGCUUGCUUGCCAGGGCUGACCCACGUCGAGGCCACUGUCAACGCCCUGAUAGACAUUCUCCACGGAUACUGCAUCUGCGAGCUGGACUGCAUCAACGUCGCCUCCAAAAUCUACAUGCAGAUGUUGCUGUGCCCGGAUCCGGCGGUCAGCUUCUCUUGCAAGCAAGCGCUGAUCCGGGUGCUGAGGCCCAGGAACAAGAGGAGGCACGUGACCUUGCCCUCUUCCCCUCGGAGCAACACCCCCAUGGGCGACAAAGACGAUUAUGACGACGACGACGCGGACGACAAGCUGCAGACCCCCGGCCUGCCCAACGGGGAGGACAUUCGGCAGGAGAGCCAGGAGCAAAACGAGGUGGACCACGGAGACUUUGAGAUGGUGUCCGACUCGAUGGUCCUGGAAACCGCCGACAAUGUGAACAACGGGAACCCGUCUCCCCUGGAGGCUCUCCUGGCCGGGGCCGAGGGCUUCCCUCCCAUGCUGGACAUCCCCCCCGAUGCCGAUGACGAAACCAUGGUCGAGCUGGCCAUUGCCUUGAGCCUGCAGCAGGACCAGCAGGGCAGCAGCAGCAGCGCUCUCGGCCUGCAAAGCCUGGGGCUGUCUGGGCAGGCCCCCAGCUCUUCCUCCCUGGACGCCGGGACUCUGUCAGACACCACCGCGUCAG